AUAAUUGAUUUGAAUUAUUUUUUGUUUGACUUUGAUUAUUUUGAUUUCUUCUUAAAUGGUGAUUAGUGAUUGAUUCACUUCUUAUAAUUGCUUAUCUCCACAAGUUAAGGAUUGAUUUUUUGUGUUAUUUGGGUUUUAAUAGAAAACUAUUAUGUAUAAAUAUGACAAUAUGCGAAUGCCUCCUCCCCAUGGUCCUCCUUUUCCUCCACCAGUUUCUCCUCAGCGACAACCAGUAACAUCAUUUCGACAAGGAUUACCACCUUCACAACCACCACCUGAUCAUGUUAUGAUGCCUCCUCCACCCCAUGGUGGACCACCUCAUCCACCACCAGGUCAUCCUAGAAUGGCACCGCCACAACAGCAGCAACAACAACAACAAUUACAACAACAGCAGCAACAGCAACAGCCACUCCAACCUCAUGGAUCACAACAAAGACCUAUGAUGCCUCCUGGUAACCAUCAAUCCGGUGGUAUCAUGUCACUCGGUGGACCACCACAGGGAGUAAAUGUUGGACCAGGAGUAGGAAUAGGAGUGGGAAAUAUUCCAAAUAAUGUUGGAGGUCUUGUUAAUGUUAGUUCCAAUAUCGGUAUGAGUAGUGUUGCAAGUGGUGGAAUUGUAAGUGUAAGUAAUACCGGAGGAAAUGUAGGAAUAGUGGGAGUCGGAGGAAUGCCACAAGGAGGACCAAUUGGAGUCGGUGGUGUGGGUGGUGUGGGUGGAAUGAAACGUCCAUUAAUCUCUACCAUGAUGACUUCAUCUCCAGUUCCAUCUGCAACAAUAUCAUCGUCAAUAUCAACAUCAUCAUCAUCACCUUCUCCAUCAUUAGUUGGUGGUGGAGUUGUAGGGGUUCCACCAGGAAUUGUUUCUAGUGGAAUAGUUGGUGGAGUAGGAGGAGGAGGAGGAGGAAUUGUUGGAGUUAUGGGACCAGGACCAGGACCUGGACCUGGACUUGGACCUGGACAAAUAGCAGGACAAUUAACAACGACAUCAGCAUCAACAUCCACAACAACACCAUCAAUGAAAAAGAAAAAGAAACUUGGUGAUGUUAAUUUACAAUCUAAAGUACGAGAUUUAGUUCCAGAAUCACAAGCUUACAUGGAUUUAAUUUGUUUCGAGAAGAAGCUUGAUUUUCAUCUAAAGAGAAAAAGAUUGGAGAUAAUUGAAUCUUCGAAAAAACCAAUGAAACUAAAACGUAAAUUACGAAUUUUCAUCUCAAAUACUUUUUUCCCCGGUAAACAUGAAGUAGAUGGAAAUGGGGAAGAGUUACAUGUUCCUUCAUGGGAGUUGAGAGUUGAAGGUCGAUUGUUGGAUGAUCAAAAUACUCCUAAAAUAGAUCAGAGUAAAAUCAAGAGGAAAUUUUCCUCCUUCUUCAAAUCUUUGGUGAUCGAAUUGGACAAAGAUCUUUAUGGUCCAGAUAAUCAUCUUGUUGAAUGGCAUCGAACACCAAACACAACGGAAACCGAUGGUUUCCAAGUUAAGAGACCAGGCAACAAGAAUGUUCGAUGUACCAUUUUACUUCUUCUCGAUUAUCAACCGUUACAAUUUCGAUUGGAUCCUCGAUUAGCCCGUUUACUGGGUAUUCACACACAAACACGACCAGUUAUCAUAAAUGCUCUUUGGCAGUACAUUAAAACGCAUAAAUUACAAGAUGCUCAUGAAAGAGAGUUUAUCAAUUGUGACAAAUAUUUAGAGCAAAUAUUUCAAUGUGCAAGAAUGAAAUUUGCCGAAAUCCCUUCCCGAUUACAUACACUUCUUCAUCCUCCCGAUCCAAUUGUUAUCAAUCAUUUGAUUAGUGUUGAAGGACCAGAGACCAAGAAAACUUCUUGCUACGAUAUUGAUGUGGAAGUUGAUGAUCCGUUGAAAGUUCAAAUGAAUAAUUUUAUUGUUUCCACACACAAUCAACAAGACAUACAAAAUUUGGACAACAAGAUUCAUGAAACGGUGGAAACAAUUAACCAAUUGAAAACAAAUAGAGAAUUUUUCUUGUCAUUUGCUAAAGAUCCACAACAAUUUAUACAUAAAUGGUUACUUUCUCAAAUGCGUGAUCUCAAGACAAUGACUGAUCAAGCUGGUAAUCCAGAAGAGGAGAGACGAUCAGACUUUUUCUUCCAACCCUGGACACAAGAAGCUGUUUGUCGUUACUUUUAUGGUAAAGUUCAAUUAAGAAGAGCUGAACUUGAACAAGCAUUAGGAAUAAGAAAUGCUUAACAUCAUUAACUAAUUACAAAAACAAGCUUCAUCUUCAUUAGAUAAUUUAUACAUAACCACUUCAUCAGAAUUGAAACCUUGUAUCAUCUUUUAAAUUAGCAUUUCAUUUCUUUGUUUCAUUGUGACUUCACCAUUUUAUAUUUGUGAAUAAAAGAUUAAAGUAAUUACUAUAUUA